AUUAUAGAAACGGCGUUUAGAUAAGCAAGAUAUAUAUAUAUAUAUAUAUAUUUAUAUGUUUAUACCGUUGAAUAUUUGUGCCAUCAAUGUCUAAGGUAAGGGAACUUAUUAAUAGUUUUAAGAAGAAAGUUGGAUUGGAGGAAGUGAUUAUUCUAUCGGAAUUUAGAAAAAAGAAACUCUUGGAUGAAUUUCAUACAUUUUAUGAUUCUAAUAAGAAUGGCUGUAUUGAAUGGAAAGACUUUGUUUUAGCUAGAGAAAAUAUAUGUAAAAUGAAUGGAUGGAAAUUAGGAUCGGAAAAGUUCAUGUAUGUUCAUCAAGUAUUUACUAAAUUAUGGCAAGAAUUGAAUGAAUGCGCUGAUGAGAAUACUGAUGGUAAAGUCUCAACAGAUGAAUGGUUAAGCUUCUGGCUAAAAGAUUAUAUUGAACUUAAAGAAAGACAGAAUAUUGAGGCCAAAAAACAAAAAAAGAAACCAAAUGAAAUUCAUAUGAACAUUUAUGAAAACGUUCCCGUUUGGUUAGAAGACUAUAUUCAAUACAAAUUUAAUCUACUCAAUAGAACUGGUGAUGGUAUUGUUGACGGGGACGAAUUCGAAUAUACUCUAGGCCUAUUUGACAUACCUGCAAAAGAUUGUCGAACAGCAUUCAUUAUGCUUACAGAGAACAAUUCAAAGAAAAUCAAUUUUCCUUAUUUUCGAAAAUUAGCCUUACAAUAUUAUAGAUCAGACGACGAAACAGAUGUUGGAAACUUUAUUAAUGGAAGAUUAACAUUUUCAGAUGAAUUAGAUAAAUAAAUUCUACAAUAAUAGAAGAUAGAUACUCUUUGAUUCUUCAUUUUUUACUUACUACGAACAAAGAAAUAAAGGAAACUAUACGAUAGAAACGAAUAAGAAAUGUAAGGGCAUAGAGAACAUGUAUGUGAUAUAUAUAUAUAUAUAUAUAUAUAU